AAACGAACACACCAACGCUAAAUAGCAUAAAGUUAAAAGUUCGUAAAAUUAAAACGACAACAAAUUUUUUUUCCUGCUAGGAUGAUGUCGAAGCGAAAAAGAUCUUUCAAAGAAGAAUUUCAACUGAAAAAAAUUCGCUACAACUUUGAUGAUUUCGGUGAAUCGAAAUUAAUAUUUGUACAAUCUAAGAUCAAUUGUAUCAGUCCAACUUCGAUUCUAUUAUUCCGACUUUUCACAGCGACCUAUCUCAUAUUCGCCGCGAUACUUAGUAUAGUAACCCACACGACACCACAGAACUGGAUUUUAUUCAUGACCAGUUGUAACUAUUUAAUCGUCACUAUAUAUUUUUGUUAUGGAUUUAGUCUAAGUUGUCAAGCAGUGUUCUGUAAAAUAAACUUUUGCCGUGGAGAUGGCGGAACAGUAAAACACCGCUAUCCUGGUCGUAAUGUCGCGAGUAAGAACGGAAUCCAUCAUGUUGACAUGGUUAAUAUAGAUCAAAACAAAAACACAACAGAACCAAUCAAGUCUGCCCGAAAUACAACAGAAAGCACGUCUCGAUUGACCGAGAAUAGAUUCAGUGUUGCCUCGAUAAUUCUUGAUAUUGAAGAGAACAGUAAACGUCUGAGCAUGGCGGCACCAGAUGACAACCGAAAUUCACGUGAAAUACGGCACGCGCGUUUUGAAGACAAUCGAUUACCAUCUAUACAAUCUGACGUGUUUAUCGAGUCAAUCACAGACAUCAGUUUAUCAUUUAAACUUUAUUGGUUCUUAUCAAACGUUGCUUUAAAUUUGUCUUGUCUAGUUGUAUCUGUUUACUGGAUUGCUUUAUUUCCAUACCAAGAUCCAGUGUCAGACUUAAAGUGGUACCUGAGAAUAGACAGACAUGGAAUUAUAUUGAUAUUGCUGUUACUUGAUCACGUGAUAACCAAAACACCAAUCAGAGUAUUGCAUUUUGUGUAUCCGUCAAUCAUGUUUACUAUAUAUGGAAUCUACAACGCAGUAUAUACAAAAAUCACAAGUACUGUGGUCUAUUCAACUUUGGAUUUUAAAGAUGAUACUAUUAAGGCAAUUUUAACGGUAGCCGGGGCUGCUCUGAUAGGUGUCCCGUUGAUACAAGUUGGUUUGUAUUGGAUAAUAUACAGGCUGAAAGAAAGAAUAUUUGGUAUGGUAUAAGCAAUAUCUCACAAUGUCCAAAUUUAUCGUUUGUAGCUAUAAGAGUAGGAGAAAAGAAAUAGUAUAGGACUUUA